GAUAAAGAUUUUAUCUGCGGUGUGUUUAAGUCUAACUAUGCGAAUAUCUCUCUCAUAACAUUGUGACAAUCAUGGCAGGCGGCACUUCUAGUAUAAUAGAUGUUUCUUUAUAAUAUUUUAUGGCUAAUUAAAAAUCUAAUAUAGCAAUGGAUUAAUUUUUUGCGUAGGAAAAUGGAUGGUGUCAACAUAAAAACGUUGGGUUCUUUUAUAGGAAUGUUUGUAAUCUGCUUGUUCGUUAUAACACUAUAUGAAGUACAAAAUGUGUUGAAUAUAUCAAAAAUUCCGACGGUAUCUAUCAGAAUGAACAGAACCGAACAGUUGACAAGGGGAGAUGGGAGACUUCAGUCCACCUCACAGUUCCCUAAAAUGGUACUGGUUUUAACGUACAUGCGAUCAGGUUCGAGUCUUACAGGAGAUAUUCUACAACAAAGUUCAGAGGCAUUUUACGUAUAUGAACCAUUUAGAGCCAUUGAAUCUCGAAAUUCAUCCACGUAUACUAUUUCAUAUGUAAACGGGACCAAAAGGAAACCGCCAUUUUCGUUAACACAGGAAGCUGUAGAUGGGUUAUAUAAUUGGUUCACGUGCAACAUAUCACGACUUCCGGUCAUCGGAUUAUUUGAUAGUUUUCUUAACAUAGGUAUAAAGACACGUGCAAUGCAACCUUGUCUUCAGAAAGUUUACAAUAAAACAAAAAGUAGGGAGAGUGCAAUUAAAGUGUGUACAAAGCAUCUAGAAGAAAUAUGUAAAGAUUCUCCAGUACGUAUUGUUAAAACAAUCAGAAUGGCUGUCAAUGAUGUUAAACACUUGUUAAAAGAAUUGCCAACUUUAAAAAUCGUGCAUUUAGUUCGAGAUCCGCGUGCAACACUUUAUUCACAAUAUCAUUUUGGAAUGUGCAAACAACAACGAGGCGGUUGGCAAUGGUGUGCGAACAAUUUAUGUAAAAGAUUAGAAAAUGAUGUGUUAAAAUUAGAAAGUCUAAAAAUAAAAUACCCUGAUAGAAUAUUGAACGUUCUAUACAAAGACAUAGCAAAAGAUCCAUUGACAAUGUCCAGAAAAAUGUAUGACUUUAUAGGAGAAGAUUUUACUAGGCAAGCCGAAUCAUAUAUUUACAAUAUAACAAUGGCUGGGAAUCAAAAUAACUGUGCAAUAUGCACGACACGUUCGAACUCAUCGGAGCACAUUAAUACUUGGAAAAAGAAGAUGAAUCAAGAAUUUCUACAGAUUGUUAAUGAACGAUGUAAUUAUAUUUUAAAACGUUUGAAUUUCGAUGUUUUUCCAGCAUCUCAAUUGUGAUGUUUUUUUGUGAUUUGAAAAAGACCUCAGGUGAUAUGUACCAUAGUUACUUUAUCAAUAUUUAUAUUCUUUUGUUGAAAGCAUCGAUAGACAAACAUUGAACAUAUCAAAACGUGUAUGUAAAAUAUGAUAUCUUUUAUCUUCCUCCUGCUCAUCAAUUCAAAUGAUUUUUUGCUGCAAUAUUUUUUUCGGCCGUCCCUAAAUGCAGACGAUCAUUGUGUAUUACAUUUUAACAGUUGUGUAUAAAAUUUUAGUUGCACCAUAUUGCAAGCGAUUAUGUUGGCUAAUUUGGUACACUUUGCGCGUUGCGUUGUCGAUAGCGACGACACAACCUAUAUCGUUAUCACCUUGUCGUCUUGUCGCUAGCGAAACGUGCCAUUGAACGGCGCGUUGUCGCACUGUCGCCUUGUCGUCCUGUCUCUAGCGAUGCACGCCAAACGACGCGAUGUCGCUUAACCCUUUCCCCAAUCCUUCUAUUUGAUCUGAACGAUAAUGUGACAUCACGACAACACGCCGUACGAAACGCGCCAUUUGGCGUGCAUCGUUCGCGACAGGACGACAAGACGAAAGUCCGACAACGAGCCGUUUGGCGCUUUAUCGAGCUUUCGCUAGCGACAACUCGACGCACAAAAUCGUUCCAAAUCAGCCAUCAUAUGCGAUAGAUAUCCGAAUGAUUCAAAUUGCAUUCAAGCAAAAUUUUAAGUCAAUACAUACAUAAUUAUGGUGUUUUAUCAAAUGAAGACGUGUCUAUGAGUUAAUAAAUAAAAACAAGAACAUUUUUAGUGAGGUCUCACAUAAAUGGUAUAAGAAUAGAAAAAUAGAAUAAUAUCUAGAUUUUAUUGGAAAAAAUGAUGUAUUUAAUAUGUAUUUGCAUUAAUGUUUGUUCUGAAUUGCGUUUAAUAUUCAUUUCCGUCCAUGAACAGGCUUACACAAACUUGACGUUGAGCCGUUCUUAGCGAUCUACUAGGAUGUUUUAUUCUUUAUUUUAUUGUAUCGGUUUUAUCAAUACAUGAAAUAUGUUACUGCUCAUUAUCAUUAUUAACAAAUUAGAAGUUAGAUGUUAGAUUAAUUCAAUCCCAUAUCAACUAAGAGGAUAGGUGAUCUAGCGGUUGAGGUACCUGCCUCUCAAUCCAGUGAGCCUUACUCGGAUUGCUAUGUACAUUUUAAGAACUUAUCUCAGUAUUUGUGUUUCUUAUGAUUAAUAGCGUAAUCUCAAAAUUCACUUUAUGAAAAUUUUGGAAAGCCCAAACAUCAAAGAAUAAUAUUAGAAAAUACAUGUACAUUGUUUUUAAAUUCUGAUUGAUAAAAAGAUGACGAAUCUUGCCAGAUUCAUUACGUGCACAAGUUUAAACCAUAAUUAAUUUGCUUCAAAGCACAGAAGGCGCUGAAUUUGUUUGGGUCUCAUAAUGUCAGAUAGGUGAAGCUUGUGAGAUUAUAAACAAAUUUGUUUUGUAAAGUGCCACCAAUGUUGUUUCCAGUGUUAUUACUGUAGUAAAUUGGCUAUAAUUGCAACGCUGAUAGUCAAUUGAAUGUUUAUUUGGCUUAAACAAUUAAAAAAAAUAAUAAUAAAAUAAAAAUCAACAACAACAAACCAGACCGCUCGCUUCCUAAACGAGCGUGUAUCCCCUCGAUUAAGGGGAAGUUAUAAGAUGACAGCCUGAAGAAAACCACAUUAUUGUAAAUAAGGGUUUGUAACCCUUAUUAAUUUCGAGAUAUUUUGUUCACGGUAAAAAAAUCUGUUGUUUAACACUGAUGUAAAUAAUCAUAGAGCUUAAUAUAAGCAUGUAUAUCUGUAAGAUUAGAUCUCUUCGACCAAUCGAGAACUAUUUUUUCUUCCCCGAUAGGCUUGAAAAUUAAUGCACCCGUCAUUUGACAAUCUUUACGCAGUGAUUUCUCCUUAAUUUCCGGCGUUAGUGUACUUAUAAAGGAAAUUAUUCGCUUCGCUGAGUUCGGACUACUUUCGGAUUUUGCAAAAAAAGCAUAUCAGGAUCUGAAGUCGCCAAAACUUAGUAGUCGCCAGAUGACUGAACAUGAACAGAUCAAAGCUUUAUAUUUAGAGCAAAAACGAUAAACAGCCUUCCAUUUUAAUAUAAAAAACUUUCUGAACCCAUAAUAUGUGAAUUUGGUUGAAAUGGCAUUGUUGUAGAAAAAGCAUUUCCACAAGUGCAUAUUUCAGCCAAAUCGAAAAUAGAUAUCAUAUUUUAUCAUUAUUUUACGAUACCUAUCAGAAAAUGGAUUAUGUCCAAUAUCAAGAGCAUACAGCAUGAUAUAGCUUUAAAAGGUGUUAUAAUCAUUAUAUUAAAUACGGACCUGUCUUCACGCUUCUUCGCACUGUAAUAAGAAGGGUGUUAGACAGGUCGAACCUCCAGGUGUUACUGUAUCGAUGAUACAACAACACUUUUGUAGUUUAUUGUAUUCAAAACCGAUAUUGUAUUUGGCGCGGACUGUACAGUAUAUAUACAUAUUUAAUCAUUUUAUCUGAUACACCAAUUUCUGUUAUCUUUUCGAUAUUAUCUAACAUUCACACUGACUGGUUUGUCAAAUUCAUACACAAUUCUGGUGAAUUAUAUAACCCCCGAUAGCAGCAAAAAGAACAAACAUGUUCAGAAAAAAACUCGCAGCCUCAGUUCGAUUGAGUUCAUUCAAAAUGGCAUCAUCUCAUAAAGUCGCUACUUUCGACUUACCCAGUAUUCGAUUUCCAACACGAGAACACUCGUAGUAUUCGACUUAAGUAGGAUUCAUUCUUCAACACUAGAUAUAUUUCGACUUUAGCAGAAUUCAGCAGGAUUCAAACUUCAACACUCAAUUUAUUUGAAUUAUUGAUCACAGAAACCAAACAAAAAUGUAAUAAAGUCAAAAUGAAAAACAAAAUUAACUGGCA